AUGCUUCAAAGCCUUGUUAAAAAUAUUUGGGUCCCUUUGAAGCCCUACUAUACCCAAGUUUGCCAGGAGAUUUGGGUAGGAAUGGGGUUGAUGGGCUUCAUCAUUUAUAAAAUCAGGAGUGCUGAUAAAAGAAGUAAAGCCUUAAAAGCUUUGAAUCAUGCACCUGCUCAUGGUCACCAUUAACCAGUUUUACUUGGGAGUACACAUCAGAUGGCACAUUAAUCUGGCUAUAAAUCUCAGAAGCUCUGUUAGAUGGGAACAUAGAGUAUCGCUAUACACUUGUAGAUGUGUUGUUUCCUUUGUGGUGCAAAUAAAUAUAACCGUGAGGUGCA